CCGCCACCUGCGAGUCCUAUAAAACCGACCCACCUCGGCACCUGUCACCACAUCUUACCAUCUCGAAACCUUAUUGAAUGGUUCAACCCUUUUCUUCUCUCUCUCUCUUCACUGUUAUAUCAUCACUUUCUCUUCUUUUUUGCCAUUCAAGUUUCUGAGAAAAAAUGGCGACGAAUGGAGGAGAAUUCAGCUUUGCUUCGUCGAGUCCAAAAGCGAAAGGGAAGAAUGGGCUGGCGAAGAUACAGACACAGAUGAAGAAGACACACGAGGACGAGAUCUGCCACGAUGACAGCGCUCCCCCAGUGAAGGCGAAGACGAUUGAUGAGUUGCAUUCCCUUCAGAGGAAGAGAUCUGCUCCCACCACCCCCAUCAAAGGUACUCAGGGCGCCUUUGCCUCCGCCAUGUCCGAAGAAGACCGCCACAAGCAACAACUCCAGUCCAUCAGUGCUUCAUUGGCGUCACUGACGAGAGAGACAGGGCCAAAGGUGGUGAAAGGAGACCCAGCUAGAAACGCGGAGACGCCGAAGGUGGCCCACCACCACCAACAGCACCUUCACGCUCCAACGAUCAGCACCAGUGACAGUUCCCUCAAGUUCACCCACAUCCUCUACAACCUUUCUCCUGCUGAAUUGUACGAGCAAGCCAUAAAAUACGAGAAAGGAUCAUUCAUAACGUCGAGUGGCGCUCUAGCCACCCUAUCCGGUGCAAAGACGGGUCGCUCACCCAGAGACAAGCGCGUCGUCAAGGACGAAACUACUGCCGAUGAGCUUUGGUGGGGAAAGGGCUCACCCAACAUUGAAAUGGACGAGCACACUUUCUUGGUCAACAGAGAAAGAGCUGUUGAUUACUUGUGCUCCUUGGACAAGGUGUUCGUGAACGAUCAGUUUCUGAAUUGGGACCCGGAUCACCAGAUUAAAGUUCGAAUUGUAUCCGCCAGAGCUUACCAUUCCUUGUUCAUGCACAACAUGUGUAUCCGACCCACUGCUGAAGAGCUGGAGAAUUUUGGUACUCCGGACUUCACAAUAUACAAUGCAGGGCAAUUCCCAUGUAACCGUUACACUCACUACAUGACUUCCUCAACUAGCAUAGACAUCAAUCUUGCUAGGAGAGAAAUGGUCAUCCUCGGCACUCAAUAUGCUGGGGAAAUGAAGAAAGGCUUGUUCAGCCUUAUGCACUAUCUCAUGCCUAAGCGUCAAAUCCUAUCCCUCCACUCUGGUUGCAAUAUGGGCAAGGAUGGAGACGUUGCCCUCUUCUUUGGCUUGUCAGGUACCGGAAAGACUACGUUGUCUACGGAUCAUAAUAGGUAUUUGAUUGGAGAUGAUGAACAUUGUUGGAGUGAGAAUGGUGUGUCUAACAUUGAGGGUGGUUGCUAUGCAAAGUGUGUUGAUUUGUCUGGGGAGAAAGAGCCUGAUAUUUGGAAUGCCAUCAAGUUUGGGGCUGUUCUUGAAAAUGUGGUGUUUGAUGAACAUACUCGAGAUGUGGAUUAUUCUGAUAAAUCUGUCACAGAAAAUACUCGGGCGGCAUAUCCUAUAGAGUACAUCCCCAACGCUAAGAUCCCGUGUGUUGGACCUCAUCCGAAGAAUGUCAUCCUUCUGGCUUGUGACGCAUUUGGUGUUCUUCCACCUGUGAGCAAGCUGAGCUUGGCCCAGACCAUGUACCACUUCAUCAGCGGAUACACUGCUCUCGUAGCAGGAACAGAGGAUGGCAUAAAAGAGCCAACGGCGACAUUCUCGGCCUGCUUUGGUGCAGCAUUUAUAAUGCUUCAUCCCACAAAGUACGCAGCCAUGCUGGCUGAGAAAAUGCAAAGGCAUGGGGCUACCGGAUGGCUUGUUAACACUGGUUGGUCAGGCGGAAGCUAUGGAUCAGGCAACCGAAUCAAGCUAACUUACACCCGAAAAAUCAUUGAUGCGAUACACUCGGGGACUCUUUUGAAUGCAAACUACGUUAAGACUGAGGUGUUUGGGCUCGAGAUCCCAACCAAAAUUGAGGGUGUGCCAUCAGAAAUUCUUGAUCCAGUGAACACAGUAAGUAUUUUUUUUUUUCUCUCUCUCUUUACAUUAUCACACUGUUGUUCCAAGCGAUAUCCAAACUCAAAACAAUCUGUGUUGGAAUUGCAGUGGUCAGACAAGAAUAAAUACAAGGAGACACUGUUGAAGUUGGGAGGUCUGUUCAAGAAGAACUUUGAAGUAUUUGCAAGCUACAAGAUUGGAACUGGCAACGAUCUUACUGAGGAGAUCUUGGCUGCUGGUCCAAUUUUCUAAUGGGAAUGAUCUGUGAUAUUUGAUGGAAUGGAAGGAGGAUUCAAAGAGAGAAAAUAAGUUUAAUAUGUAAUUAUUGGAUUAUUCUUAUGCCUCAUUUUUAUGGGUGUUUAUAUAUAUAUAUAUAUAACUAGUAGCCUCUAUUUCUUUAUAGAAAGAGGCAAUCUUUCUCUCAA